CCCCGCCCACGAGGCGCGGGGCGGGCGCGCAGUCGGCGGCGGCCAUGGCUCCGAGCGCGCAGGCCGGGGGCGGCCGCGGGCAAGCUCCGGCCCCGGGGAUCCGCCACGGCAUCCGAGCCGUGCUGCUGGGCCCGCCCGGCGCCGGCAAGGGCACGCAGGCCCCGAAGCUGGCCGAGACCUACUGCGUGUGCCAUCUGGCUACCGGCGACAUGCUGCGGGCUAUGGUGGCCUCGGGCUCCGAGCUGGGCAAGCGGCUCAAGGAGACGAUGGACUCGGGGAAGCUGGUGAGUGAUGAGAUGGUGGUGGAGCUAAUUGAGAACAACCUGGACUCCCCUCCCUGCAAGAACGGGUUCCUCCUGGAUGGCUUCCCACGCACGGUGAAACAGGCAGAGAUGUUGGAUGAGCUCCUAGAGAAAAGGAGAGAGAAGCUCGACUCCGUCAUUGAGUUCAGCAUCCCUGACUCCUUGCUGAUCCGGAGGAUCACUGGACGGCUGAUUCAUCCAGCGAGUGGCCGCUCGUAUCACGAGGAGUUCAGACCCCCGAAAGAGCCCAUGAAGGACGAUGUCACUGGAGAGCCCCUGAUCCGCCGCUCGGACGAUAACGAAACGGCCCUGAAAACCCGGCUGAAAGCCUAUCACACCCAGACCUCCCCCCUGGUGUCCUACUACAGCAAGAGAGGGAUCCAUACGGCCGUGGAUGCCUCCCAGUCUCCCGACGUGGUGUUUGCCAGCAUCCUGGCAGCCUUCACGAAAGCAACAUCUGAGUGACUCCAUCAAGCAGAUGAGACACCACCAAACGCUGCACACUCUGCUACAUCACCCAUUGCAGCCCUUCCCUGGGUGCAGGGAGGGCAGCUGGGAGGGGGGGGUAUGAUUGAUGGGAGGGGGGGAAGGAGGUGGUAAACAAAGGGUUGGGGGACUGAUUUGGUUGGGUUUGGUUGCAUUUCUUAUUUGGCAGAAUCAUUAUCAAGAGGAGGUGGCCUUCUCCUUAGAAAUCAUGUUUGUGGAGGCAAAACAAUUGUGGAGAGGGAAACAUCUCUCAGUGAUCAGCAGGUCCUUGACCUCUUGGAGGGCAGGGCUAGAUGUUAUUCCAGGCUUCUCCAGGACUUUCAGGGCUUGUCUCAUGGGCUCUUGGUACUCUGAGACCACUGAAAGAUUUGCUAUGAUUUUUUUCUAAAGUUGCUUCCUAUCAGGAGGACCAAAACAAACAAAUGAUUCAUCAUGUCUGAAAUGGAAAGGAAAAAGAGAUUCCCGUGGUCUUUUCCUGGAAGUUUUGUUUUUCUUGUUCUGCUGCAUUCCUAAACUCUGGCAUAGAGACUUCUCAAGGAUUCUCUGCUGCUGAACAGAGGGGCUGUGGCUCUAGUCCAAACCUGCCUUACUUGGGAUUGGGGUGGCUUUUCUGUGAUCAUGUUCAAGCUGGAAUUCACACAAUGCUGAAGAAAUGCAAAAGAGACUUUUCUUAAUUGCCUGCAAAAAUAACACUUAAUUAGAGUUGGGUUUUUUGCAUUUCUUUUUAGAUCAAAUGGUGCCUUGUCUAACCCCUGAAUCAAUAAUAAAAUAACCCCUUUACAUUUGUA